AUGGGUGGCUACUCGCACGGUGUGGGUGCGUUUAUGCAGGCUAGUUUAACAAUAGUGGGUGUUGUUUGGUUAGCUGGAGCGAGCUCUAGGUCAACUGCAGCUGGUGUAGCUGGGAUUCUUUUGUCGAGAGCAUGGAGGGCCUCCUUAAAUCUCCAUUCGAGUCAUCAACUGGAAUGUGGCUUGGUCAGAUCAAGGUUCAAGGCCCAUCGAUUGAUAGUUUGUGGCUUGGUCAGAUCGAGGUUCAAGGCCCGUCGAUCCACAGUUUAUGGCUUGGCCGGAUCGAGGUUCAAAGCCCGUCGAUUGGCAGUUUGUGGCUUGGCCGAAUCAAGGUUCAAGGUCCGUCGAUUGCGCGCGCUGAAUUUAUUGGACAGAGACGUCAUUUCUUUUGGUAAUUGGUAUUUCUACCCCUUUUCUCUAUCUUGGCCGCCGGAACCCAGCGUUCUUCUUCUCUCUCUAUCUCCUCAUCUUGAGGGGGAAAAAAAAAACCUUGUUUCCUCUCAAUGGCUGCUUCGACGAACGAAUCGACGCUUCUCAAUAUGUCUUGCCUCUCCACAUAUCAAUCUCCAAAAUCAUAGACUGACGACCGAAGAGGAUUCAAUAUCGAAUCUCUCACUCAACCUAGCUAGCUUCACUCACAAUUUUUUCAACAGCCAGACCUGGUGGGCUGAAUGGAACUGGAAGUGCCAUGAUGACAAUUUUUUUUUAAAGCUAGGUAGAGGAAAGAUCAUCAUUGUUUGUCUUGCAGAUUUUUGGAUGGGCUCAUGCUACAAGACUUCAAGCUCUUUUUGUUUAAGAUGGUUUAAGUAGUGUAUGUCUAGGUCUUUGAACCCUUUAUUUAGGAGUCUAUAGCUCAUUUUUGUCUAAGAUCUUGAAACAUUUUAUUUAAAAUAUUAACUUGUUUUGGUCCAAAUUAUUGGAGUUGAAAUUGUUUUAUAUGCUAAGACUCAUUUUUUUAUGCGAUGGGCUUUAUUAUGUAUGUUGUAAACAAUAUAUUUUUUGGUUGGUGUAACUUAUGCAAUAUCAAGUAUUUAUUUGUUUGCAUAAUCGUGUUGAUGUGAUAAUUUUUUUUUUUUUUUUUUGAUAUUAUUAUUUUUUGUUUAAAAUGUUAAUAAUUUAUAUGUUUGCCAAAAAUUCUUAUCGUGCCACGAUAAAUAGGUGGCCUAUUUUUGGUAUUUGCCGC